GCGAUAAUAGCAAAUUGUGAUUGUAUUCGUGGCGAAUAUACAACCCGUUCGCCAAAAUUUUAUCUAUUAAUCGCUCGACUUUCGUAUCAUAGAGCUUUCAUUUAUAAAACAUGCGCACGAGAAGAACUUCAUGUAUUGCUGAUACAAAAUGUAGAUGUGUGAUGCCAAAGUCUGUGUAUAAAAUUCAUCACGCAUAAAAAUCAUUCUUAGUCGCAGUGUUCCUUUUGCUUAGAGCGGACGAAGCGGACUCUUAAUUUAACUUUCAUAAUUCUGUGGGUGUCAGAAUGGAUUGGAACCUAAUUCUAUUGGGUGUAAUUGCUUCUGUGACCUUUGCGAUUUGGUGGGUGAGAAAGAAAUACAAAUUCUUCGAGGAAAAUGGAAUACCAUCUGUCAAGCCGACAUUCCCUCUUGGCAACUUUUGGGGUGUUGGAACCGAAAGGCACUUUUCUGAGCUCAUGCUGGACUACUAUAGGGAAAUGAAGGGAAAGCACGUCAUUGGUGGAAUGUAUUUCUUCGUUUUUCCCGGAUAUAUUGCAUUGGAUCUUGAUCUUCUCAAGCACAUCUUAGUGAAGGAUUUCCAAUACUUCCACGACAGAGGCGUAUAUGUUAAUGAGAAAGAUGAUCCUCUGUCUGGACAUCUGUUUGCCUUAUCUGGUCAGAGAUGGAAGACUCUGAGGAAUAAACUAAGUCCAACCUUCACUUCGGGAAAGAUGAAGAUGAUGCAUCUUACGAUAAUCGCGGUCGCAAAGGAAUUCCAGAAUUACCUGGGACAAGUAGCAGAGAAGAAUGGAGAGAUAGAAAUCAAAGAUAUUCUAGCUCGAUUCACUACUGAUGUCAUCGGAAAUACUGCCUUUGGAAUCGAAUGCAACAGUCUCAAGGACCCCGAUACUGAGUUCCGAAGGAUUGCGGACAAGGUUUUCGACUUCAAAGGUCUUGAAAUGCUGCGACAACUCUUCAUCGGCGUACUGCCAAAUUUGGCAAGAAAAUUGGGGGCUAAAGCUAUAAAGCCUGAAGUUUCUGACUUCUUCAUGAGAUUGCUCCGAGUGACUACUGAAUACCGUGAGAAAAACAAUAUAAAAAGGAAUGAUUUUCUCCAACUACUACUUCAACUCAAGAAUACUGGACAACUCGAUGGCGAAGACACUCAAUUUGGAAAAAUGACCUUUGAAGAACUUGCGGCUCAAACAUUCUUGUUCUUCAUUGCUGGAUUUGAAACUUCUUCCUCAACCAUGUCUUUUGCUCUCUACGAAUUGGCUCAACAGCAGGAUAUUCAGGACCGUGCAAGGGAGGAAAUUCAUCAAGUGUUGAAAAAACACAACGAGGAAUUCACGUACGAGGCUUGCAUGGAGAUGAAAUAUUUGGAUCGAGUGAUAAAUGAAACAUUACGAAAAUAUCCAGUCGCCCCAACAAUCAUGAGACAAGUAACAAAAGACUACAAACUUCCUGAUCAUGAUUUUGUGAUGAAAAAAGACUCUGUGGUCCUGAUAUCGGUAAAUGCCAUCCAUCAUGAUCCUGAGAUUUAUCCAGACCCGGAGAAAUUCGAUCCUGAUCGAUUCACGGAUGAGAAUAUUAAGAGUCGUCAUCCUUAUGCUUGGCUUCCAUUCGGCGAAGGACCCAGGAUUUGUAUUGGCAUGAGAUUCGGAAUGAUGCAAACUCGAGUUGGUUUGGCAAAUCUACUUCAGAAGUAUCGCGUCAAGACUUGUUCAAGGACACCAAUUCCAUUAGUUCUUUCUCCAAGUUCAUCAGUACUCUCUGCUAAAAGUGGAAUAUGGCUUAGGCUUGAGAAAGUCUGAAAAUUCUUUUAGAAGUAGGAAAACCAUUUCAUUAUUAUCAUGUAAUUGAUUCGAGUCUUUUAUUUUCCUAUUCAAUAAAA